CCGCUCCACAAGACCUGCGCGUUGCCUUCACCUCAACCACGACUGCCACCAUCGCGUGGAACCCCCCCUCCCCACCACAUGGUAUCAUCCUGCGCUACGCCAUAGAGGUACAGAAGGAGGGCGAGUUGCUCAACACCUCAAAGAUCAUCCGGGCUGCAGACAGGAAGAACAGGCUGGUUAUACGGGACCUGGCACCGUAUACAAACUAUACCAUUCGGGUACGAGGUGUUACUGCAGCUGGGAAGGGGCCGUUCAGCACCCAAGUCACUGCACAAACUGAUGAGGGAGUUCCUGGCAUGCCCCAUGCCCUGACUGUGACAACAACAAAGAACAGCAUCGUGGUGCAAUGGAAGCCUCCUCUACAGCCUAACGGGGUCAUACAGGGGUACAAGGUCAGUUGCAAGGGGCUUGCCUCCCAUGACCCAGAUUACGACCCCUCUAAGGACGUGUAUCCGGUAGAGAAGCUGUCUACAGAGUUUCACCACGUGUUUGAGGGUCUUUAUUCCGGCACAGACUACACCGUGACUAUAAGGGCACGGACGAAGAAGGGCUACGGAGACACAGCGUCCCAAAACUGUAGUACCACCAUAGCAGAACCACCAACCCCAGAGGCGCCACUCCCAGUGGGAGAGGCAAAGGACAACACUGUUUCCCUGGAACUCAAACCUGUACUCCCCAAAAAUGGACCAAUCAGUGCCUACUAUGUGGUUGUCCAAAGCAACAAUGAGCUGAGGUUCCUUGACAACCAGAACGACAUGCUGGACUAUCACCAGGCCUCCCACCAGGGAAAACCCUUCUACAUCACGGCCAUGUUCACUCCUGAUCAGGUCCAGGAGAAAAAGAUGUUUGUUGUCGGGGACAACAAGACCUACGGCGGGUACUGGAAUGCGCCACUGGUGGAGGGGGAGAAGUACUCUUUCAUAUACGGAGUGGCGAGCGAACUGGAUGGGGAAAAGCUGAUGUCCUUCUCAGAAACUCAGCGUCCCAUAAUAGUUUCCCAAAACCCUGGUGCUGACGGUCCAACAGUACAGAAGGCUGCCGACAACUCUUCCUUGAUGAUUGCCAUCUUUGUGGCUGUCCUGCUUCUUCUCAUUCUCUUCCUAAUGAUCCUACUUGCUGUGUAUGUGACAAGACGGAAAAGACAGGGAACGCUUGAUGUGGCAGCAAAAGAGGCGGUCUGUCUAUCUCCAGUGGCAAAAGCACAGGAUGCAGCGCGGCAGGAGGGACAUGUGCCAUUUCCGUUUCCAGUCACGGAGGGGCAGUACCCGCCGCUCAAGCUGGAGGAGUUCCCAGAACAUGUACGCCUCCUGCGCAAGGACAACAACCAGGGAUUCAAGCUCGAACACGCGAGCCUCCCAGACGGCCAGACAUCAUCAUGGGAGACGGCGUUCAAGGAGGAGAACAAGGCAAAGAACAGAUACGGGAACAUCGUUCCAUAUGACUCCAGUCGGGUUGUCCUGGAGCCCACAGUGGAUGACCCCAGCUCCGACUACAUCAAUGCCACCUAUUGUGAUGGUUACAGGGAGAAGCGGGCAUACAUCGCAACACAGGGUCCGAAGACCAAGACCGUGCCCGACCUGUGGCGCAUGGCUUGGCAGGAGCGCAGUGCCAGCAUCGUCAUGCUCACCAACCUGGUGGAGAUGGCAAAGGUCCAGUUCUACUCAGACCUGGAGCAGUCCGCAAGCAUUCCAAAGCAAAAGUGCAAGCAGUACUGGCCCGAUCAGGAGGACACGUAUGGAGACAUCACUGUGAAGGUGAAGAGUGCGGAGGAACUGUCCGACUACACCAUUCGCAACUUUGUCAUGACAAAGAAGGGAGAAGAAGAGAAGCGACAGAUAAAGCAGUUCCACUUCACCAACUGGCUGGACCACGACGUUCCCGACCACCCAACUCAGCUGCUGGCCUUCAUACGCCGGGUCAAGGCUCUCACACCACUGGAGGCUGGACCAACCAUCGUGCACUGCAGUGCUGGAGUUGGUCGGACAGGCACGUUCAUCGUGAUUGAUGCGAUGCUGGAGAUGGCUCGUCACGAGGCCCAUGUGGACAUCUUUAACCACGUCCUGCAGCUGCGUAAGGCUCGCAUUCAGAUGGUCCAGACACCGGACCAGUAUGCGUUUAUCCACGAGGCAGUCCUGGAGGCCCUGCAGACCGGCGACACCCACAUCCCCGUGUCAGAGUUCAGGGAAGGGUACGAAGCCAUGACACGCAAGAGGCCAAAGGUCAAGAAAAGCCCCCUGGAUGAGGAAUUCAAGCUCCUGGUAAAGAUGACUCCAGCUUUUGACCCCGAGGACAGCAAUGCUGGUUGGCUGGAGGAGAAUAGGAGGAAGAACAGGGAUCAGAACGUGCUGCCAGUGGAUUCCCAGCGAGCUGUCCUGAGUACUGCAGAGGAGAACCAGAGCGACUACAUCAACGCCAUGUACCUGGACAGCUACAGGACUCGUAAUGCCUUCAUCGUGACCCAGACUCCCCUGCCCGACACAGUGGCUGACUUCUGGCAGAUGGUGUACGAACACGGCGCUCAGACCAUCGUAAUGAUGAACUCUCUCAGGAGGAAGGACAAGGACAUGGUGCAGUACUGGCCUGAAGAGGAAGGUGGAGCUAUUGAGUAUGGCCCUAUCCGUGUGGAGCUGACCUGCACCACCAAGGCUGUCAACGUCACCAUCAAGGACUUCCUACUCACAAACACCAGGGCUGACAGCGAGGAUGUGCGUAUGGUGAAGCACUUCCAGUUCCUGGGCACGUCACGUGACCAGCUGUGCUCUCGUUCCCGGGGUGCCAUGGUGGAGCUGCUGCAUCUCCUGACCAGUUGGCAGAGCGAGUGUGAGCCAGGGCCAGUGGUGGUGCACUGCCUUACUGGAGUAGGUCUCAGUGGGGUGUUCUGUGCGGCUGUGAGUCUGUGUGAGAAAAUGGAAGAGGAGAAGUCAGUCGACAUCUUCCAGGUGGCUCGCACUCUCACCAUCCAGCGUCCCCACAUUAUCAACUCGGCUGAGCACUACAAGUUUCUGUACGAUGUGGCCAUGGAAUAUCUCAACUCACACCACGGUCUGCUCAACUCACACUGAGAUGCUCAUACAAGACAGUCAGCAUCAGGGAAACAGUCAUGAUUUCACGAUCAUAAUGCCAUCUUUGAGCCAGGUUUAGUAUAUUUUACCAAAGGAGACCAAAACUUAAAAUUGAAAAGCAUACUAUACCAUGCUAGAUACUAGUAUACCCUA